AUGGGACUAUUUCCAAAAUGCGAAACAUUCUCUGACUGUGGAGAAGCAUCCUACAUUAUCAGAAAGACUGCCAACAAUCUACUGACGACAGAUGUAUUUGCUUGUGGCAAGUGCAUGAUCACCACUUUUUCAAAUGAGGAUUGUGAACCAAUUCCACCGAUAGAGCCAAUUGAAGAGUGCCUUGACCUGAUCGAUUACAAUAUCAAGACAGUGACUAGCUUUAAAGACCAGCACAAGCUCCACAAAAUGUGGGAUGGUCUUGCAGGAGAGCUAGAUAGCUUCAGAGACUCAUUCCUUGAGCUAAGAUCUAGCCUCAGAGACAUAAGACAGGAGGAAAACUGGAGUCAACUUUCCCAGUUCCAGGAUGAGGCCAAGGCCAUACUCAAUGCCAUCGAGGACUCAAGAGCGAUGAAGUGCUAUCAGAAGCAGCUGCAGGUCAGAGCCUUGCAUGAGCACAAAAACGGACUAAGAGCAAGACAAGACCAGACCUUUCUUAGAGACAAGCCCGCUGACUUCAACCAGAGUAUUCAGAGAAACCAGAUCACUCCUCUGAAUGAGCAUGAGCAACUGCAGAAGGAUUCCGUUGAGGCAAAUCAGAGAGAGACUCAGACAGAGGCUCUGGAAGAGGUGAAAACUAGGAUGAAGGAUAAGAUCGAGAACCUGACUCAAGAGAAAGAUAAUUUUGAGCAAGCCUUGGAAGUUUCAAAUCAAAGACAAGAGCAAAUCGACCAACUUACCCAGAGAAUCCAAAUCCUUACUGAGAAAGAAGACAAAUAUAAUGCUGAAGCCGAGGAAAUGAAGGAGCAAAUAGCCAACCUCGAAGCAUCUCUUGGAGAAUCAAAGUGCUUCAUCACCCAUGCAGAACUAAAGGCUAUCCACAAUCCUAUUACGAAGAACUCAACCACCUUCGAUUCAUCAUCUACCCUCCACUUCGACCUGAACACUGCUUCUUGGGUGACUCUGCUCAAAGCCCUGCAGCUCUACCAGCUGCCUCCUCUCAACUAUAUCGAUCUGCACUACGUUGACGAGUUGGGGGAGCCAGAGGUGGUGAGCAGGUUUGUGCAGAAUGCGGUGAGUCCAAGCAUCAAAAAGUUCUACUUCCACUCCAUGAACAAUUCGUGUCUCCCAAUCGAAGCCUACAUGCCUGCCCUCACCAAGGCCCUCCCCUCCAUUCCUGACAACAUCGAUUUCUUCCAGUUCCAGAUGAUCAAGAGCCACUUCGAAGACCUCCUCGUGGCCGCACAGAAUUCCAAGGCAGUGAGGGUUCGUUAUUGUAAGGUAGACACGAAGGAGGAACUUGACUUUGGAGACAGACUCACCCACUCCACUUUUGAGGAGUUGGAUUUGGAUUCAACUGGGAAGAGUGAGUAUAGUGACUGGAGUCAGAAUGGGUUCGCCCAGUUUAAGAACAUUGUUAAGGGCUUGGCCAAGGUCAGCCAGGUCAAGAAUAGACCCAUAAAGUUGUUUUUGGCAGGUUGUGGAUUGACGAGAGACUUGGCGGAAUCAGUUUUGCAAGAAAAUGGAAUGGUGAAUGUGACAUUGGAAGGAAUUUAG